AAAAGUUUAGAAGCUGUGACCAUGAAUCAUAGGUUGAUAAAUCAGGUUGAUAUCAAAACUCUUCCAUGCGUAAGGAAGCGUCCACUGUACACAAACCCUGCACAAAUUGAUACCGAAAUCGAAACCGCAGUUAAGUACGCGCACCGAUGUGGAAGCGUAAUCCAAAUCCAAUACAAGGACUUUAGUCCUUGGUGUCAGCUGGUAGCGCGUUUCUCAAGCUGGGCAUUCAACACAGCGUGAAAUUGAGACAUGCCAAGACGCAGGAAGCUUGCCUCCGCCUGCGACACGUUGGAGUGCAGACCAGAGGACAAAGAAGAUGGGAAAUCCGUUGAUGAUCCUGGCUUCCCUGAUGACUACCUGGACGACCUCGACACACUCGUCUCGGCUGUGGACACCGUCGUCUUGUGCCUGAACGUUCCGUUGAAACGUGGGCGUACCGGAGUACCGGAUGGCUGUAUCGUGACCCCGGACCUCAGGCGCGUGUUCACCGACCAGAAGACCUUGGUGGCUCGCAAGGAGGCCUUGGCGAACCUUGGCGUUUCGAGGGCCCUGUUCGCCGGCUGCGCGGCGUUCUCUUCGUCGAAGCCUUACCGUCGCGCCGCAAUGACGGUUCUGGCGGCAGCGCGCUCCCUGUGCAUCAUUCAUAACAGGGACAGCGUGUGCAAGCUGGCGAGCUGGUUCCCCUCGGUCACGGACUUGGCGCUGCCGCACAAUCUGGCCUUCCGUGGCGUCUGCAGCCGUCAGGACUGCGAAGGCCACAGCGGCAGAAAGGCACGUGCCCGCGCUCGUUUUUUUCGAAUCGCCAGUAAAUGA